AUGAUGGAAAAAACCUUGGAAAAAUGGGAAAACUUGCCUUGCGAAUUCUGGGAUGGGGUUGGGAUUUUGGGAUUCCCCAUCCCAGGAGUUUUGCGAUUUCCAAAAUUCCCAUUCCCAGUGAAUUCCCCCAAAAAGUCCUCCUGGGCUUGGGCUGGAAAACUCCUUGGGAAUGAAAAUUCGGGAAUUUGGGGAAUUUUCCAGUUCAGGGCAGACUUUUCCCAGCAGGAGCUGAGCAUGAGGCGUCCCACGGAAUUCCCAGAAUUUCCCAGCCCUGAAAACUCCCCCGGAUCCCUGGAAGAUUCUGGAGGGGGCCCCAAAUGUGCCUGGAAUCCGGAGGAGGCCGGGCCGGUGCUGAGGCUGCGCCUGCCCCGAGACCCCCCCGGGGAGCCCCGGCCCAAACAGAAGCCGGUGGGCAGAGCCUUUGCCAUGGUGGCCAAGAGAUCCGACGGGAAUUCCUUGGCCUCGGAGUGCGUCAAAUCCAAGGACGGCGAUGAGGAGAUCAUUAAGGUUUACCUCAAGGCUCGCGCCAACCACGAGGAGCCGGUGACACAACUCAAGAGCGAAGUCCGGCACAUCCAGGAGGCUGGGAGCGUCCUCAAAAAACUCCGUGAAGAUUUGAGCACCAAACUCCAGACCCGGACGGAAUUUCUGGAAUUCCGGGAAUUCCGGGAAUUGCAGGAGAGCUCAGAGGUGGUGCUGGAGAAGCGGAACCAGAGCUGCUCCUGCCGGGAGAAUUCCCAGGAUAAUCCGGAGGACCCCGAGGCCCCGCGGCUCCUGUGGAGGCUCCAGGAGGCAGAAAAGCGGCACCAGCUGGAGCGGAGCGGCCUCGAGAGGGCGCUGCUGCGGUGCCAGGAGGACGCGGAGCGGGCGGAUUCCGCCCGCAGCCGAGCGGAGACAGAGGUGGAGCAGCUCCAGAGACUCCUGGAAGGCAUGGAAAAGGAUCACCAGGAUCUGCUGGCACGGAUGGAGUCUGGACAGGCGGAGCUGGAGCGGCUCCGGAAGGCGGAAGGGGAGAGAGCGGCGCAGCAGGAGCGCUCAUCCCAGCUGGAGAAGGAGGUGGCAGGGCUCCGGGAGAAAAUCCAUCACCUGGACGACAUGCUCAAGAGCCAGCAGCGCAAAGUCCGCCAGAUGAUCGAGCAGCUGCAGAAUUCCAAGAGCGUGAUCCAGGCCAAGGACGCAGCGAUCCAGGAGCUGAAGGAAAGAGUGUCCUACCUGGAAGCAGAGAAUCUGGAGAUGCAUGACCGGAUUGAGCACCUGAUCGAGAAACAAGUGAGCCGGGGCGGGAGCAGUGCCCGCGCACGCUCCAAGUCGGAAUACGUCAGCAGCAAACGCCUCCCAGGCCCAAAGCCACUGCCCCUGAUUCGAGUGGUGGAAACCUGA